CCGCUGUUAUAAGUGCGGGGUCCGGGGGCUCGGGCUGUCGGUGCGGAGCUCGGUGCUCGGUGUCCCGCGGUUCCCUCCGGCCCGGCCAUGUCUGACCCAGCUCAGCAGCCUGCUCCCGGCGCUCCCGAAGGAGGGGCUCCCGAAGGAGGCGCUCCCGAAGGGGCGGCCCCCGGUGGGGGUCCCCCCGGGGCUCCCCCCAACCUGACGAGCAAUCGCCGGCUGCAGCAGACGCAGGCCCAGGUGCAGGAGGUGGUUGAUAUCAUGUGUGUAAACGUAGACAAGGUGCUGCAGCGAGACGAGAAGCUGUCAGAGCUGGAUGACCGGGCAGACGCACUGCAGGCCGGCGCCUCGGUGUUUGAAAGCAGCGCAGCCAAACUCAAAAGGAAGUACUGGUGGAAGAACUGCAAGAUGAUGAUCAUGAUGGGAGUGAUUGGUGCCCUCGUGGUGGUGGUGAUUGCAAUCUACUUUUUUACUUAAAUGUAGCUCCUUCAGUCUGCAACCUCCUGUCCCCUGUUACCUUGCCUGUCUCUUCUUGCCUCUGAAUUUUUCCUUUCCUUCCCUUUCACCUAGCUUCUUCAUUGAUUUCCUUAUUGGUUUCAAUUUAUCUUCUCUAUAGGACUCUGAGCCGCUUACUAAACAAAGGUAGAUUUUUCAAUAGCUGCUGCAGCUUUGGGGAGUGUCCUCUAAAUUUAGAGGAAAGGGAAGUUGAGGAAGAGUGGGUAGCUAUUUGCUCCUGCUCUUCUGCAGAGAACUUUUUGUGUUUUAUUUUUGGGUGUAAGCUUGUCAAAUAGUGCCUGUGUGAACUCUAGCAAAAUAAGAAUGCCUUAACACAGUGCCUUUUGGGAUGAAGGACUUCAGCAUGUGAGAGCCUUUGGUGUUCUGCCUAAAAAGAGUGGCAGCAUGACUUGAGCUUUUCAUUGAGCUUCUGAAAUAAAAGCUGGUUUGUGUUGGCCAGUGGCUGUGAGCCAUCUAAGCUACACGUAGUGAUGUAGGUUUCUCUAGCCAUGGAGAGGUGAGCACUUGAAGAAAUGGUUUUUUCUGCCUGUCCUUAUUUCCAGAUGACUUGCCAUUCAAUGGCCAUUUCAGUUUUCAUAAAGGAGGGCCUACCUGAUUACCUCAGUCAAGUGCAAGAGGCUAAACACAGUUAAGUGAAAGGGGCAUUGCUACUAUCUAAAAGGCAUGUGUGGGAGUAAAGUCUCUCUCCACAAGGAACAAAUGAACGACAAUUACUCUGGUGGGGAGUGUCAAAUAUGCCUUUCAUCUAUGCACACACAAGCCAGGACCCUGUAGCUUCCUACUGAAUUCUAGCUUUCCAGAAGGAAGACUUUGGAGUAGUGGCAGGCUGGGAAUUGGUGUUUUGCUUUUGUGUGGCUGGGUUGAACGUCGAGGAAGCUCACUGCCUUAGCAGAGAGAGGUGAAGGGGCUGGAGGUAUUGCAGAUGAGACUGAAUGAGCUGCACAGCUUUCUGAUGAAGAAUAUCUGCUCUGUUUCUGCUGCCACAAAGCCCUAGCUUUCAGCAGGAGUUAGAAAACACUUGAAAUGGUUAGCUGGGGAUUCAAAGGGGAAUGGUACUCUGGGCAUGGAUAUUGCAAAGUGACAUCAGAUGUUCCAGUUUGGCAACUUAGGCCUCUAGAGAUCUUGCUGACCAAACUGAAUCUUCCUACUUGCUAUGGGUUCUCUUGAAUUUUAGGUCCAGGUAAACUUGUGGCUGUGGCUUUCUGUGGGCAAUUCCCUUGUUCUUCUCCAUCAAAAGUAACAGGAGCUGUGAGUUGUUUGAAUGUGUUGUUGGACAUGGGUUAAAUGAGCUGCCCUGUUUCUGUAGAG